GAAGUCAACAGAUAUUGAGUGACGGGAGAAACUUUGGUUUCUACACCUUGAAAUUGGAGUUGGUUCGGGUUCGAUGGAAGAAAUUGAUUCUUGGCCUCAUGUAUGCGAGCUGUCGGAUUGUGAGAGACACCACCUAAAGUGCUGCUUCGAAGAGGAAUUAAGAGAAUUGAAACCCUAUGUAGAGCGCGAGAUCCUUGAGUCGCCGGCGGCCAAGAAUCAAAAGCAGUUGGAUUCGGAUUCCAGCGCCAUCACUCCACAGGAUGAUUUCAGGCGAUUUGUUAAUGAGCCUAGUUACACUAAGGAAUGUGAAGAAUUUCACCAGCAGGUAGACGUCGUGAGAGUAGCAAUUCAAGAGCGUCUCAAUUUGAAAUCAGAGAGUUCUUAUCGUCUUCUAAUAAAAGAAAUGGGAAUAGGCCUUGUCAAAGGUAUUGCUCAAAGGAACUGGGAUCUAAAAAAUUAUAAGUUUCUAUCGGAGAUAGAUAUUAUUUGCAUGUUCAAGAUUUGCUACUUAACCUACUGCAGUGGGGAGUUCUAUGGUUUUAAUUCAGUGACGCCUCAGUUGCCGAAUGUUUAUGUACCUGCAGUGAAGACAUCCAGAGUUGAUGACAUGCUUAUGGUAAAGAAUGCUUUGCGGGAUUGCACCCCAUUGGAGGGGAAGGCAAAAUGUCAUCUAAACAAGGGACUUUUAAGUUGGGAACGUAGUAAUGUUGAAAACUUCUUGGUCUGUGAAUUGUUGAAAGAUACAAGGAUUCUAGAGUUGAAAGAAUCUGUGCCAACCCCUGACCCUAUAGAGGUUAUUGGUAGUAUUCUCGAUGAUGUUGUUUCUUGUUUGUCUCAUGUUGUGUGGAGCAGGCGUGAACAGGUAUACCAUGUGCACUGUUCAGUGUUUUCUCCUCAACUUUUGAGAACCCUUUGCUUACUAUUGUUUGAUGAAAAUCUUAGUUUUGAGAUCGGGUUCAAGGAGGACUGGGAGGAUGAUCUUGAAACGAAUGCUGGUCAUAUCAAAUUUCUAUUUGGUGUGGCCUGGGCUGGGUCAUUUGCUGAAGAGGUUAUUGAGGUUGUUAUCUAUGCUGAUUAUAUACGAAGGCAUAAGGGCCAUAAUUUCAUUGAGGUGUGUCAUAUUCUCCUGGCACUUGGCCACACAAGGAUGGUUGAUGCUGUCAGGGGAGCAAUUAGGGAUGCAGGGUUGAAUUUUUUAUAUGAAUACAAAGCAGAAUACCCUAUCUAUGAUUUCUAUAUCAUAGCUAAAGAUAUUGCGUCUUACAUAGGUGAUGGGAUGGUUGGAGUCAAGCAUUUGGUUCUUGCCAUUUUGUGGGAAGGAGGCAAACUUAUUGCUGGAAAGGAAAAGGAAAUACUUAAGGAUUUUGAUCCUUGUAGCUGGUCCGAGUUCUCUGAGAAAGUCUAUGUUAAAAGCUUCCUUGAAGUGGAAACUGAAAAUAGAGACAUCUAAGUUACAGUCACAAAAUAAGUGGGACAUGAUGUGGGACCUAGUUAGGUCCAUUCCAUCAUGUAGUUAGGAUUGGAUAUCAUGAUUUUCCAUUUGCUGUAAUAGAGACUAAUAGCCUUUUAUUGGAACUCUGUUGAUUCCAUGGUUAUACUUUCUCUUUGUCAGAAACAAAAAGAUGCAGUGCAGAAAUUUUGUCUACUGAUUUGGAAGACGGAUAUUGCAGUAAUC